AAUCAAUUGGCCUUGAAGGAUGCAACGGUUCCUGCAGCUUAGCGCCGACGAAGCCACCAAGGCGCUGCGCCCGACGCUCGUCAAGGGCCGCUGGGUCAAGCCCAUGCUGUCGCUCCGCCAGCAGGCCAACGUGAAGAAGGUCGCGGUCCAGAAGGGCACGAUGGGCACGUGGACGGCCGGCGAGGGCGGCUGGCUCGCGGCGUGGGACCUGCCCAAGCAGCACAACGUCAUGCGCACGCCCAAGGGCCAUGCCAACGAGCGCCGCGAGGUCGACCGCGUCAAGAAGAUCCAGACGGCGAUGGCCGGCAUGGACAAGAAGAUUGAAGAACACAGAGCCGCGCUCCUCAAGGCCAAGCCCAUCAAGGGCCUCGAAAAGUGGCUCAACGAGACGCAGAGCUACUAAGCGCAAGCCGUUCGAGGACAAUAUUAGACACAAGAAGAAUACACUAGAUCGUCAUUCGAUGUCGGUGAAGUCGACGACCUCGCCAUCCAGC